GGCACCGCGUACCAACCACCUCGCGCGACGUGUCCAAAGCGAAGGAUACGGCGCCCCCCUCUGCGACGUCACGCUCCUUCCGCGUGCCCCCGCGGAGUGCGCGGCCCGCCCCUCGGCAUUAGCGGUUAAGAGUUCUUAUACGCCGAGUGUAAAUUUCUCAUCCCCAGCGAACACGCACCACCCAUCUCCCAUCUCGGUGCGAGACGAGGCGAACGCUAGCACACACAAGCAAGUCUUAUACUCAUCUCUCUCGUUCCACUUAUUUCUGCACGGUAGUUUGCAAGUGAGGAGCAUCGCGGGAGAGACAUGGCGAAGAAGAGGAAGAGGAAGACCCGCGAGCCAAGACUCAAGGGCCGCAGGCCGACGCGGACGCAACCAGCUCGGGCCUGCAAACGGACCUACGCGACGGCAGCUACAGUUCCUGACCAACAAGAGCAGGUCGCGAGUGUGAGAAGAGACAUGGAGACAACCGUCAAGCCGACCCGGAGGCCACCUCAUCGGGCCUGCAAACGGACUCAUGGGCUCAAUUCUGAACAGCCCCGGACCCUGGACCAGCUGCCCGACGACGUGCUGCUGCUGGUGAUGCAGCACCUGGCCGUCCAGGACCUCCUCGCCUGCCGCCUCGUGUGCCGGAGGCUGGGCGAGCUCGCUCUGCAGCCGGAGGUCUGGAGGCGCAGGUCCUUGAUCCCGUCGCCGUACAAGAAUGACAGGCUGACCUGCCCGGUGUCGCGCCUGGCGCCGUGCCUGCGCCACUUGACUGUGCUUCCCCCGUCGCGCAAGGGCGUCUGCGGCCACCUCCACACGACCACGUGCGCCGUCGAAGGUCUGGAGGUGAGGGGUAGUUGGGAUAGGACGCAACGCUUUGUGACUUUUCAAGAUGGUGCAUUCGCGGCCCGACUGAUCCAGCAUCAGGCGUCCCUUGGCCGGCUGAGGAGGGUUAGAGUGGUCCUGGAAAUAGUUGAUAAACCCUACAUGAGUGAAGAUAACGUCUGCAUCUUGUUUCGGACGCUGAUCUCAACACCCGGGCUGGAAGAACUUGAUCUGUUUGUCUCGACCGGCAGCACCGGCCCCCUCCCCCUCGUCCUCGGAACGUGCUCGCAGGUCGUGUCCAGCUCAAUUAGGAGAUUUCACGCUGCAGUUGAGACGGACGAAUCAUUUUCGCAAUUGGUUUUGAGAACCCACGCCGCCACCCUAGAGGAGGUCCACUUCGUUGGGUCCAAAGAGGGUGAUCUGCUGUCGCUCUCGACCGCGACGCUGCAGCUGCUGGUCGGGCUCCCGUGUCUGCGCGAGGUGGCCCUCGACGACCAGCGCGGGAUGGAGGUGCUGGCGCAGUGCGCGACCCUGCGGACCCUCACCAUCACCAUGAUGGGCUCAGGCUACCCCGACGCGGCCGCGGCCGCGGCCGCCGCGGAGCUGCUGCGCCGAGCCUGCCAGGUGCGGGAGGUGAACAUCAGGGGCUACCUCUACCACUUCGACUGCUUCCGGGCCCUCGCGUCGUCGGAGCGGUCGAACCUCGAGAAGCUGCACAUCGCCUGUCCCAUCUGGUCCUCGAGGGAGAAGGAGCUGCUGCAGGUGCUGCUCCAGGCGCUGCCGCAGCUGCCGGCGCUGCGGGAUCUGCACGUGGGCCAGCUGAGCCGACAGGCGUGCGAGGAGAUCCUGCUCGCCGUCAGCCCCGCGACCCAGCCCGCCCUGCGCCUGGUCUCGGUGCACGGCUCCGGCUGCCGCUUGGCGCGUAAGGACGCCGUCAGGGCGCUGUUGACGGCCCAGCCCGAGCUGCACGUGCGGGUCGCCAUGGAGUGGGGUCCGGACAAACACCGCUCUCCGUUCCAGCAAAUGUUGCCGGACAAGGUGGCCAUACCGCCCGUACGCGCCGCCACUCUUGUCCUGGAAGGGUGCUCCCCAUCUCCAAAAUACCACAAUCCCUUGGACACCGUGGUUCAUGUUGAAGAACUUGUUCGCUGAAAUUGAGACUGUCAAAAUAAAAAUGCGCCGUUUGAUCACUAUGAAUGAAUACGGUAUUGAUUAAACCAUUUGUACGGCA